GAAACAACACCAACCCUAAAAAUCAUAUCUGGGUAUGAGUUUUGCAAGAAAAUAAAUCUUGAAAACCCUAAAAAAGAGAGUAUCCUAGAUUAAAACAAAACCCAUCUUUGUUUGUGUGUGUUUUGGGUGAAAAAGUUUCAAGAGUUCUUGUGUGAUCUACUUGUUGCAACUUUAUUUAUAAAUAAUAUUUUUUUUUUGUUUUGGAAAAAAGCUAUUUAAUUAUCCAUUAAUUUGGUUCAUCUGGGGUUUAGUAUUUUGUUAAAAUUGUGAAGAAUUAUGGGGAGGGGAAGGGUUGAACUGAAGAGGAUUGAGAAUAAGAUAAACAGGCAGGUGACUUUUGCUAAAAGAAGAAAUGGGCUUCUGAAGAAAGCUUAUGAACUCUCUGUGUUGUGUGAUGCUGAGGUGGCUUUGAUCAUCUUCUCUAACAGAGGAAAGCUUUAUGAGUUCUGUAGUACCUCAAACAUGCUCAAGAUGAUCGAAAGGUAUCAGAAUUGCACCUAUAGUUCAAUGGAAGUCAACCGAUCCACCAAUGAUGCCGAGCAAAACAGCUACAAGGAAUACAUGAAACUGAAAGCUAAAUAUGAGUCUCUACAACAAUAUCAAAGGCAACUUUUCGGGGAAGAUCUAGGCCCGUUGAAUCUAAAAGAACUAGAGCAACUUGAGCGCCAACUUGACUCCACUUUGAGGCAAAUCCGGUCCAUAAGGACUCAAUCAAUGCUGGAUCGGCUUUCUGAUCUUCAAGUUAAGGAACGAAUGUGGCUCGAAGCGAACAAAACUUUGCAGAACAAACUAGAAGAAUAUUAUGCAGAAAACCAAGCAGGACCAUCAUGGGCAGGAGGUGAAAAUGGUAACUCAUUUGGCCAACACCAUCAGAACCAAGAACAACAUCCUCAACAUGACCAAGGCUUCUUCCAGCCUCUCAACUCGAAUUUGCAAAUUGGGUAUAACACAAUAAAUUCAAGCCAGAUAACAGCAUCUACGAGUGGACAGAAUGUUAAUGGAAUAGUCCCUGGAUGGAUGCUUUGACUUUGACUUUCUCAUGGUCAAUGAAGCUGCAAACCAGUCAACCCUCUCCUUUUUUGGUGAUAUAUAUCUACAAUAAAUAUGAUAUUUAAUAAUUUUGGCUGAAUUGUGGGAACAUGUAAGAACCUACCUUUGAAACACAAAAAGAAACGAUCCCUUUUUCAAUUUACAAAGUUUUAAAGUUGUU